AUGCAUAAGCUGUCUCCACUGCAGACAGAAGGGCAAUAUAUUAACAAAUCGCAGGGUCUCAGAGCCAACGGCGCCGUCCAGGACGAGAAGAAGGCCAUUGAAAACUCCGAGAAGGUGUCCAAUGGCGCACCCCUGCAGGACAAGAGGCCGAUCGAAAGCUUCGAGCAGCUCGCGCAGAUCGAGAACCGGGAUGACCCCGUCGUGACCAUGUUCAGCGGCGGCCUGGACAGCACCUACCUGCUCCUUCGCCUCCAGCAGCUCGGCUUCACCAACAUCCACGCCGUCGCCGUCGACGUCGGAUCGCCCGUCGACGAGGAGGGUCUCACCCGGCACGCGGCGCACUUUGGCGCGUACUUCAAGCUCCUCGACGGCCGCGAGGCCUUUGUCAACGAGGGCGUCAUGCCCGCCAUCCGCGCGCACGCCACGUACAUGGGCAUGUUCCCCAUCAGCAGCUCCCUCACGCGGCCCGUCAUCGCGCGCCUCGUCACCGACUACGCCAAGGACCUCGGCGCGGGCCUGCUGCUGCACACGGCCAACCUCUCCCAGAACAGCCUGCCGCGCCUCAACAACUCGAUCCGGCGCCUCGGGUUCCCCGGGCGGUUCGGCAGCCCGUACCCGCACUCGGUCGUCUCGCGCGAGAAAAAGGCCGACGAGCUCUCGGCGGCGGGGCUGACCAUCAUGUCGGAGCGCAAGCUCAGCGGCGACGAGAACCUGUGGUGCCGCGAGUUCGAGGACGGGCCCCUGGGCGACCCGGAAGGCUUCUGCAUCCCCGAGGACGCCUACACGUGGACGCGCGGGUCCGGGGCGCACCCGAGCCAGAAGAUCACGCUGCGGUUCGAGGACGGCAACCUCGUCUCGGUCGACGGCAAGCGGAUCCCGCUCAUCCGGGCGAUCGAGCUGCUGAACAGGGAGGUCGGCAAGUUCGGCCUCGGCCGGUUCGUCGGGCUCGAGCCGCUCUCGACGGACGACAAGGCGCUCGAGAUGCGCGAGGCGCCGGCGGCGGCCAUCAUCAUGGACGCGCUGCGGCACCUCGAGAUCGCGACGCUCGAGACCAAGACGCUGGAGCUGAAGCAGCAGCUCGAGCAGAAGUGGACGCGCGAGGCCAUCGCGGGCCACUGGGGCGCCAAGUGCCACUCCAUGUGCGAGGCCGCCAUCGAGGCCUCGCUGCUCGGGGUCGACGGCAGCGUCACCUACGACGUCGACCACUCGCGCUUCCUGCCGUGCGCCAUCGUCGCGGACAAUGCGUGCUACAUCCGGGACCGGGACACCUGGGAGCGGGCUCAGCAAUCGCUCUCGCGGUUCUGA